CUCGACCAGCUUAGUUCCUCUGCCAUCACUCGCAUCACGGUUCCUUAUCUCUCUUCUCACCAGACGGAUCGAUGUCCAGUGGCCUUAUCAGGAUGGUUACGGUGUCUUGAACUUGAUAGAGCAUAUCCCGCGAGGUAGAGUUGCGCAAUCUGCCCGCCUACCCCAAUCUCAUUCUUUGGUGAACCCCAAACCAACCUUCAAGCUGUCGCAACGACUCCUUCUUCGCCCACUCUCUCGGGCAGUUCGCAGAUGGCCAAAGGCUCUGAGCUCAGGCUUGUGGACGCAGAGCACCUUUUGUCUUAGACAACCGCCUCGCAGGUUCGGAACCAUGACUGAAGCUCUCUCUUGGUGGAGAGAUCCGCCUUCGCCUGAGCCCUCUGGAGACUCUCCCACAUUCGAGUCCAAACCACUGGAAGAAUCAGCACUACUCAACACAGAUAAUGAACAGCUGCUUACAAGACGUGUACACAUCCUCGGGCUCGGGAGUAUCGGAACUUUGGUCGCCCAUUCUUUGAGAUGUUUACCCAAUCCUCCUCCGAUCACCUUAAUGAUCCACCGGCAAGAGCAGUAUGAAGUAUUCAAAAGAGGUGGCCGUACUAUCAACUUGAUAAACAAACAAAACGAGAUCAACGAUGAGCAGACUGGGUACGAUGUUGACCUGUUCAGCGGAUAUACAGAGGACGGCAAGGCGCGAUGGGACUUCAUUCCGGACAAGCCUUUGAAUCGACCACAGACCAAUCCUCUCGAGGAAGGAGAGCAGAUGCCGUCCGGCGAGCUCUACAUCUACACCUUGGUAGUUGCCGUCAAGGGUCCUACAACUGUUGCUGCCCUCCGCUCUAUCAAACACCGUGUCAACGCAAAGACAACCAUAUGCUUUAUGCAGAAUGGGCUCGGCCAGAUAGAUGAACUCAAUCAAGAGGUCUUUACCGAUCCUCAGACGCGCCCGACGUAUAUGCUGGGAAUUGUUUCUCAUGGCGCGUACAUGUCGCAGCCUUGUACAGUCGUGCAUGCUGGAUAUGGUACAAUAGCUCUGGGCAUAUGUCGAGAUACCGAUCGUUUCCCGCUCCCUCCAAAGGCACCAGUUCAGCAUUUGUGGGAGUUGUCGGAGGAAGAGAGGAAGAAGCAUCACCCUACCGACAAAGAACUUUUUGCAAACCUAUCUUCGCGGUAUCUUCUCCGCACCUUGACUAGAUCGCCAGUGCUGGCAUGCGCGGCGUUCCCAUACUUGGACCUACUGCAACUGCAGCUCGAAAAGCUGUCUUCCAAUUGCAUCUUGAACCCUCUCACUGCCCUCCUCGAUGUUCCCAACGGGGCACUGCUGAAUAAUGAGGAGCUACUACCCGUCCAGAGGCUGCUCCUUGCUGAGAUAUCUCUGGUCAUCCGAGGUCUACCUGAACUGGAAGGCAUCCCCAAUGUUCAGCACCGGUUCUCUUCCAGGCGACUUGAGCAGCUGUUCGUGGGCGUGACCAAGCGGACGGCGCAGAAUUCGAGCAGCAUGCGGGAGGAUAUCCGCCAUGGCAAGAAACCAGAAAUCGACUACAUCAACGGCUACAUCAUCAAGCGGGGCGAGCAGCAAGGCAUUAAAUGUGCUUUAAACUUCAUGCUCAUGCAGCUCAUCAAAGGCAAGAAUUCGUUGAGGAGUGGCGCAGGCCUGCCCUAUGGCACAACACAAAUCCAGAGCGAGGUCGACGCGCAUCGCCCCGAGUCGGUCACCAUCACCGACAUUAGCACUCCGCGGAGAGACAGCAUAGGGUGAUGGUCGAGUGUGCUUCUUGGGCUCGGGAGAAGCAGGACCUGGAUGCAAACCUAUGACACAGACAAAUCCUACUGUAACUCGAGCACGCGCUGAAGGAUUAAUGACAGAUGACAUCGUGUCAGCGCUUGGCCACAUAGUAUGCUUUCCUGAAGCAGAAACAGGACAGGUCCCGUGUUCUAUUCUGGACCAGGACUGACAGCUCGAUUGCGUCGCAUAUUGAUCUGCGGUGUCUCUGCUCUGGCACUCGUGACCACUCCAGACUGCCCAGAGAAAUUAAUCGACCUGGCUGGGGAACCUUGACCAGUCCUUGGGGGAGAUCAAUAAUGGGUCCAGAAUGAAAGCCCUCAUGGCGAUUACCGAAUCCAGUACCCCCAGGCGACGACGUCUUGCGGGGACCCAGUUCGGCCCUGCCUGGCGCAUGAACCAUGGCUCAAACCAUGGCCGUUUGAUCCAGACCAUGCCAGCCUGGAUUCCGUGAGCAUCUGGGCAGUCGAUGAGUGGCUGAGGGAAAAGGCUAAGCUUCUCAGCGACGGGCUCUUGAUCCAAGGCUGGGGCGAGGUUGGUCUAGCCCAAAAAUACCUCGACUAUCCUGGAAAUGGGCUGACGCCUCUGCUAGCCUCAAACAUCAGUGGCUGAGAUAAACGAAGAGGAGGCGCUAUCGACAAACCUAAAUCCUCAAAUCCCCAUCCAUUAUCGGUUCUACUGCAGGGGAACAUGUUGAUCUUGGCGCUAUCCACGACACGAAGAUUGCAGUCACCUGGUCGCCGUCGGUCGUCUGCGAGCUAAGGUUGCGAGAUAGGCUGGUCCCCACCGAGAGAAGCGGCGUGCGUCUUGGUCCCAUCACCCCAGUUGAUCCAGCACCUGG